UAACCAAACCAGUACAGUUUAGUAAUCAAAGCAGUCUACAGAAUUUGAUCCAUUUUAGGCUUUUUCCCACUUCCUCUUAGCUUCAGAAAACUCCUUCUUUCAUCUCUUUCUCCAAUUGAUUGCAAUUCUACCAUUGGGCUGCAAAGAAAAUCCUCCAUCUAUGGAAGCAGGCCAAUCAUCACAACACAACGAUGGAGAUGAAGAAGAAGAGAUGAACAUAUACCUGAAGGUCAUCAAAACUGUUGCUGUGACUGUAAAGAAAUCAGCGACUGUCAGAAGUGUCAAAGAAAAGUUGAAUGACAAGGAAGGCAUAUCCGAAUGUCUUCAGCAGGUUUUCUACAAUGGCAAAAGGCUUCGGGAUGACCAAAAGCUACUCAGUAGCAACAUUCAGCAAAAUUCCACUCUCCAGCUCUUUGUCCAGAAUUUUAUGCCAAUAAGACUGUUCAUUAAAGUGCCAUCUGGUCAGAAAAUUAUUGAGGUUGAAGCUAGGACUUGUGAUACCAUCCAGAGUUUCAAAUGUUUGAUAGCAGCCAAAGAAGGGAUCAAUUCACAAGACUUCAAUCUGAUUUAUGCAGGAAAGCUGCUUGACGAUGAGAAGACUUUAGGCUUUCUUGAUAUUCAAAAGGAGUCUACCAUUUAUAUGGUGAUUACUCCAAGGGAUCUGUUUCCAGUCUCUCUUAAAAUGCCAACUGGAGAAGUCGUGAAGUUAGAAGUUAAAGGGCUGUACACUGUUCAUGAUGUCAAAAUUAUAGCUGAGAGUUUAGUUGGUUUCCCCCUAAAUGAGAUAACUUAUCAUGGAGAGGAGCUUGAGAAUCCAAAGACCCUAUCUUCUUUGGGCAUUACAGCAGAAUCUGUGUUAGAGAUGUCACCUCAACGUAUUCAGGUAUUUAUCAAGAACUGUUGUGGCAAAACAAUGACUAUUGAUGUAUGCCUUGAGGAUUUAGUGAAAAAGGUCAAGGACAAGAUUUUUCAUAAACUACGAUUGCCGGCUGAUGUUCAAAGUCUAGUGUUUGAGGGAAAAUCUCUAAAUAAUAGUCGGACUUUGGCUAGUUACAACAUCCAAAAGCACUCCACCAUUCAGUUGGCUCUCUGCCGACCAUCAGUACAGCCUGACUACGCACCAUCAUUACAGCGCCAGUUCAAAUUAUCAGAUAUUGGAAUUUCUUCACGAGACUUGCCAAGUUCCAUGACUAUUUCUCAACUGAAAUAUAUGAUCCAGAUUAAAACUAGUCUGCCUGUGAAGUCAUUAUCCAUUGCUGGAGACAUGUUGCUAGAUAAACUAUCUAUUACCAAUUAUGGUAUCAACAAAAGGACAGUAGUAGUUGUUGGGUGGGAUGCACUUUGAGAGUUCAGUUGCAGUUGUGUCUUCCUUUGUUUUCAUGUCAGAAAUCCUAGUUGAUGAGUGACAAAGAAAACAUGUCUUGUGCAAGGUUACUGUCUUAAUCUUCAUUUCUUUCCAAUAUGGGCAGUUCCUCCUCUGAAGCCUGUCUAGCAUUGGAGUUUUGUCAUUAGUUAGUGUAAAAUGACCCAGAUUAGCCAUUUGUGAGGAGGUUUAGAAAAUGUGAUAUGGGCAUAUGUCACUUUCCAACUUCAAAAUAUUCAGCACAGAUGGGUAUCCGAUUUGAUUUUCCCACUUUAUGUUUUUCCUCAUCUUGUUCUCUGCAGGAAAAUCACCAAGUUAUGAAUUUUGCUUCUUCGUGGAUCUCAGCUACAUGAUUCACUCUGCAAUCACGAGACUGUUAUCUCAGCUAUGUGAAUCUUAGUUUGGCAGUAUCGAAGUGGUUAUGUGAAUUACCCCUGGACAAGAAUAUGUUCUUAGCAUGUCUCCUUAUGGAGUUGCUGAAAGAGGUUGACAGGAGAGACCAGUAUCUGUAGCUUUUUCAGCUUGCUGAUCCUUCUUUAAUGCUCUUUCAAUGUCUUGAUUUUUCUUGAAAUCUGCCUGCAGUUUUCAUUGUGUGUAUAUAUGCUUGUUAUGAAUUAACAUAGAUACUCUGCAUAUUUGUGAUGAA